GGGGGGGUAACUGCAUCUUAAUUCAAAGUUCAAUCAAAUGUUGGUGUAACGUUGGCCUUGAAGGAAGGAAAUCUAAAUAAGGUCCCUUUUUAAACUAAACUGGAUUUGCUCUAGUCUAGACUAAUCACUAUUAUCAACUUUAUGUUUUCUAUUUCACAAACACAACAUAACACUCUCAGACAGACACGCCUUUUGUAGCAGUGGUUGUUUACAUUAUUUAUUACAAAUUGGAACGUCCUUCUUUGUGAAGAGUUUGAGUAAUUAAAGUUUUAACAACGAUUUGAAUUGCAGCUUAAGGAAUCUGCUUUGUUACCCUUAAAACUGUGUCUGUUGGCUAUUAAUAUAAUGAAUGCUUAAUACCAUAUAUUUUGUAUACUUUUCUUUUUUGCACAACUGUUGUGUGUGUGUGUGUGUGUGUGUGUGGCACUAUGCUAGCAGCUCUGAAGUGAGGUGUCUUGCUAACUUUCCCUGACAUGUUGUUCUCUGACUUCUGGAUGUGUUUACUGUCGCAGAAGAUGCUUAGUCGAUAACACAGCGGCCCGUAAGAUGCAUCUUUGUGUCAACUAGAUUUGUAUUAAUUGCCUUUUACACUGCUGGUCCAAACUAAUGGCCUUUAGAGGCGAGUUCACAGCGGCACCUGGUGUUACAACUGUGUCAUUACAUCAAGUUUCAGUGGGCUAAGAACGAGCUACUGUAUUGUAGUUUCUCAUUUGUUUUCAGACAUAUUCUAAAAACAAACGGUAUAUUUCUACAAAAACAAUGUCAAAAGGUAAAACUCCACAAUUACAAUAUGUAUUCUAAAAAUAGUAAAUUGAGAUCAAAUGACACACCCAUGCAUACAGAUGCAUAAAAUGAAUAAACAUUUCCAAUUACCAAUUCCACAAUGAUGUGCUCAAUGUAAAACAAUAAAAAUAUUUAGCUUUUUUAAAACUCAAAUAAAAAACGCAAAGUUACUGUAUGAACACUGCAACUGUUUAAAAAAAAUACUGUAAAAAUCCGAACAAACACCAAGUCCGAUAUAUAAAGUGUGCAACAUACAGAACAAAAUAUAGAAAAAGAUUAAAUUGAGGCUGGAUCCUGUUUUCUGUUUGGGCCACAGCACCUCAUCAGCAUCUCAAGCAUCUCUCUCCAUGGCCAAUACUGUCAAUGCAUGUAGGCAGGAUCGAGUUCCCCAUCCAGUACCACGGUCCACCUGUAAUACUGGACUACAGUAAUCAUUGAAUACUGUAUUGAUGUGAAGUAAUACAUUAUUGUAAUGAGAGUAGAUGUAUUACCGUAGCGUGUGAACCUGCUCGGGUAUAAUGCUUUCCUUGAUCUUCCUCCUCCUCCUCCUCCUCUCACUUCUCUGGCUCUGCCUCUCUCUCCUAUGUUGCCAUGUGUGGCCCUUUUACUGCUUAUGCUCUGAUUGCUAAUUGAGCACUUGUGUAAAGGAGUCAGAAAAAAUUGAGGAAAUGUAGUAUUUGUAAAUUGAAGGUCAGUGUGUUCCAUGUGAUCUUGGUUUUUUUUUCUUUUUCUGAAGAUUAGACUAAAUGUGUGAAGUGUUUAGAAGAAAGGGUGGUUUACUUGAGCGUAAAACGUGAAUGUUCUUGGUAUUUAGAAGAUCUGGGUCAAGGACUCAGGGGUUUGGUAUGAGUUCCAGGUGUGGUCAUUGUGUUUCAAGGACCAGUGUUAGUGUGUGAACAAUUGAGAAAACUGAAAAGGUACAAUACAGCUCCGGAUGUUUUAUAUUUGACAUGAUUCAGUCAUUACUUGGACCAGUUGCCUCUAGUAUCUGUAAUGUGUGUUGUUCAAGGCGUCUGUACUUCUUUUCUCAUCCGAUGCACUCUUCUCACAAAUUGGCAUCUAUUAUAACUUUUGGUUGGACAAUAUUACUCACACGUGUGUUGGCUUGAAGAAGACUCAGCUAUCAGCAACCCGUUGAAGAACAUUAACAUUAUAAAGUUGAAGUGUCUGUGAUAUGUGGGACUCGUGACUGGGUCGUGUUAUGCUUGUGGCCACGAGCGUUUUCUCGAUGCUCCCAGCCGUCAGCACGCCCUCCCUCUCCCCCUCCCGCCUCUCCUAUUGGCUGCCGGACCUCUCGUCUCUUCUGUGAUUGGUUCAGUUUUCAGCUGCAUUCACUGCUCAUGUGUGCUGCAUGUGACCGCGUUCAGGCUUGUGUUUGGAUCAUCUGCUCUGUUCUGCGUCUCUUACUUGUGUCAUUACGGUAAUAUUGUUCACGGAUUUUUUUAGACAUUAGGGAGCUAUUCGGGUGUUUUCUUAUGUUCUGGAAAUAUUACUGAAAUAAUUCAAAUAUUUGUAUUUGUUGCACAACAGAAAUUUCAGUAAAAAAAUAAUAUAGAUAUUUAAAAAAAAACGACAAUUCUGUAACAAAUGCCUGUAACAUGAUAUUACUAGAAUAAUUGAAAAUGCAAUUUGAGGCAGUUAGCUGAGGAUAAAAUGACACCGCUGAAAUGCUCUUUAAGUGCAUCCUGCCCGCUUUGUUUUGCGCUCUGCGUUGCGCGUCGUCUCCAGUCGUUACAGUAAUGAGAACCUGCUGUUCCUCUGCUGAUCCAUCCCGCUGCAGUCUGCAGAGUCAGACUACCCGCAGCCCACCGCCUCAGUUACACAUAGGCAGGGUAACCCCCGUGAUCCACAGGAUGUUGGACAACAACGCAGAGUUCAUGUUGGAGACUUCUCCUCGGGAACUCACCCAGAACCCGCUCAAGAAGAUCUGGAUGCCGUGCAAAAACGGCCAUAUAGCUCAGAGACGGGUGUGUAUGACAAACUGCCCGACCCUCAUUGUGACUGUUGGACUUCCAGCUCGAGGGAAGACUUACAUCUCGAAGAAGCUCACUCGCUAUUUAAACUGGAUUGGUGUCCCAACAAAAGAGUUCAAUGUGGGCCAGUACCGGAGGGAGUGUCUGAAGAUCUACAAGUCCUUUGAGUUCUUUCGUCCAGAUAAUGAAGAGGGGUUAAGAAUCAGACGGCAGUGUGCGCUGGCAGCCCUCAACGAUGUCCGGCAGUACCUGAGUGUCGAAGGAGGACAGGUGGCGGUGUUUGAUGCCACAAAUACAACAAGGGAAAGAAGAGGAACGAUUGUCAAGUUUGCCGAGCAGAAUGGGUUCAAGGUGUUCUUUGUGGAGUCUGUGUGUGAGGACCCAGAUGUCAUCGCACAGAAUAUAGUGCAAGUGAAGUUGGGCAGUCCAGACUACAUGCACUGCAACACAGAGGAGGCCAUUGAGGACUUUAUGAAGAGGAUCAAGUGUUACGAGUCCUCCUAUCAGCCUCUGGACGAGGUCCUGGACAGGGAUCUGUCCUACAUAAAGAUCAUCGACGUGGGCAGUCGUUACCUGGUGAACCGCGUCCUUGACCACAUCCAGAGCCGAAUCGUCUACUACCUGAUGAACAUCCACAUCACGCCGCGCUCCAUCUACCUGUGUCGCCACGGCGAGAGCGACCUCAACAUCAAGGGACGGAUUGGAGGAGACUCCGGCUUAUCCCCCAGAGGAAAUGAGUAUGCCAAAAGUCUGAUGAAAUUCAUCCAGGACCAGAACAUCAACGAUCUAAAGGUGUGGACCAGCCAGAUGAAGAGAACCAUCCAGACGGCGGAGGGCCUGGGGGUACCGUACGAACAGUGGAAGUCCCUCAACGAAAUUGAUGCUGGUGUGUGUGAGGAAAUGAAGUAUGAGGAGAUUCAGGAGCAUUUCCCUCUGGAGUUUGCACUGAGAGACCAAGACAAGUACCGCUACCGCUACCCGAAAGGAGAGUCUUAUGAAGACCUGGUGCAGCGACUGGAGCCAGUGAUCAUGGAGUUGGAGAGGCAGGAGAAUGUUCUGGUGGUUUGCCACCAGGCCGUCAUGCGGUGUCUUCUUGCAUAUUUCCUGGACAAGACUGCAGAUGAGUUGCCUUAUCUUCAGUGCCCUUUGCACACGGUAUUGAAGUUGACUCCCAUGGCUUAUGGAUGCAAAGUGGAGUCUGUCUACUUGGGCGUGGACUCUGUGAACACACACAGAGAGCGACCAGAGAAUGUGAAAGUGCAGCGCACCCCUGAAGACGCUCUGCAGACGGUCCCAGCUCACCUCUAAUAUCCUGCACUUCCUGUUUCUGCUGCGACGUUGUCCGACUUUCUGUUACGACCUCUGAACUGCAUUAUGGGAGCGGUGCUGUUCAACUGCCCGGACUAAAACUGUAAAGCACUUUCACUAAAUGUAAUCCAUUUUUAUAUGUCUGUUCUGUCACUCAACUCCUAGUGAAGAAAAGAAGAGAAAAAUGCCAAUAUUUUUGAUACGUGUGUCUACUCUUAUUGUUGCAAUAAUAAUAUUCCCUUUGUUUUCAGCAACUUUUCCAUGAUUAUAUUUAAUAUUUACUGUACAUUGUGCACUAUGUAUACUGCCAUAUGCUCUGUGUUUCUGAAGAAUUUACUCUAAAUAAAACAAAUAUCAUAAACCCGAAAAAACUCAAACUACUUCAGUUAAGAUGCUCUUUAUCAAAGUCCAUAAUUCGUGACAGUUUCCUUUAGGGAACACAAACAAUCAUUAUAUUUUUUUUAACUGUUUCUCUGCUAGAUGUUGAAUUAUGAGCAAACAGAUUAAUUAUAAAUCUUAAAACAUGAUAAAAUCCUUUCUCCACAUGGAGUAGAAAUAGCAUUGUAAAUGCACUGGUUCACAGAUGUAGCUCGUAUUAAAAAAUCCCGCGAGGGGAUCUUUAAAUCAAAAAAGAUUUUAAGAUGGACUUUAACAUUUGAAAUGUUAUGACAUCUGCAGUCAUAAGUCUGUCUUUAAAAAGGCAGCAUGUGAUGGACCAAUGAUUCUCCCUUUCAAAUGAAUGCCUGCCUGGCGCUGUGCAAACUCCACAUGGUUGUGUGACCUACGUUGUGUGUGUGUGUGUGUGUGUGUAAAUCAACAUGUAUUAUACUGUAUACCGUUCUUUUGAGAACGCUGUACACUUUCUGUAACGGUAUACAUUUGAUAUUGUAUAUUACUGUACUGGAAAUAUCAUUCCAAAUGCCUUGUUCGUCUCCAGCUGUCAAAAUCUGAAUAAACCUUCGGUGUUUGGAGUUGA